AUGAGCGAAGAUGGAGGCUUCAGUCUUGAUCAAUUGAUGGAAUUGGCGGGCUUGAGCGUUGCAGAAGCCGUGUACAGAGUUCACCCACCUUCGAAAGGAAAGAACAUCCUAAUCGCCGCGGGGCCUGGCAACAACGGGGGUGAUGGUCUGGUCUGCGCUCGCCACCUGUACCACUUUGGCUAUACGCCACAAGUCUACUAUCCCAAGCCUACGAACGCGCCCAUUUUCAAUGGCCUUCAGAAACAACUCAACCAUCUCCACAUUCCGUUCCUGAAGUCCCUCGAAGAUUUCACCACAUCGCUGAACAGCUCAGACCUGAUCGUGGACGCGCUAUUCGGAUUCAGUUUCAAGCCGCCUGUCCGAGCGCCAUUCGACACCGUCCUGUCGGCCAUCAUCGACAGCAAGAAGCCCGUGCUCGCCGUGGACAUUCCUUCGUCUUGGGAUGUCGAGGCCGGACCACCAGAACAAGGUCAGCUCGGUUCCGAGUUCAUGCCACAAUACCUGGUCAGCUUGACCGCCGCCAAACCUUGCGUCAAACACUUUAAGGGCCAGAGACACUUUAUUGGUGGCAGGUUCUUGUCAACCGAUGUGGCUUCCAAGUAUGGUUUGGAUGUGCCGCUGUACGAAGGUGUCGAUCAGAUUGCCGAAGUCCCUGUUGAUGCCAAAGUAGAGAAGCUGUAA